CUUUGUUACAGAUUUCCCAACCUAGCGAAGGAUGAAACAGCGUUCGAUGCAUCAAAUGCUUACAGCAAUUUCGAACCUCUUAUUGCGUCCAAUUGCUCUUCGCAACUAAAAUUUUUUUUGUGCUCAGUAUACUUUCCGAUGUGUACGGACAAGGUUCCGAAUCCUAUUGGACCAUGUAGACCUUUAUGCGAGCAUGUUCGACAAAGAUGCAUGCCGCUACUCGACCAGUAUGGAUUUCCGUGGCCUCUUGUGAUGAACUGUAAUAACUUCCCUCCUGAAAAUAACCAAGAUUCAAUGUGCAUGAAGGGACCACCAACUGAUGAACCAGAAGAGUCUGAAGUCAGACUGCCUUUGUUUCAAAUAAAGCAGUGCAAUCAAGCACAGCAUGUUUAUAUGAAUCGUACUGGUCAGUGUAUUCCUUUGUGCAACUCAACUCAAGGACGUGCUAAGGAGGACAGAGAAUGUGCAACAACAGCCCUGUUUGUCAUGUCGGUAAUAUGUGUGAUUCUCACUGGUCUUUGCUUCAUAAUUUACUGCUUCAGAAGACAAUAUUUUGCUACGCUACCAGAAAUUUCACUUCUAUUUUGCACCUCGUCAUUUGCAAUAUCAUCAAUAGUGUAUUUGAUUUCACUGUUGUACCGAGAUCAGGUCUCGUGUAUGGAGUAUGCGACAAAAUCAGUUUUUGUUGUUCCCGGACUUCAGCAUAUCCCUUGUACAACCGCAGCAAUACUCCUUUAUUACUUUGGCACCACAGGUCGACUGUGGUGGUUCGUACUCUGCUGCACUUGGAGCAGAUUCGCCCUCAAGCAGCACCAAAGCACGGAUACGUUCCUUCUCCACUCUCACAUGUUCGCUUGGGGCAUACCUCUAGCGACCGUAAUAUUUGCUCUAAUGGCACAAUCAGUUCACGCAGAACCGCUUUCCGGGAUAUGCUUGGUUGGCGGAGGCAGUCGAGUCACAGAAGCUAUAUUCGUCUCUCUUCGAGAAGUCAUUCUUCUGCUCUGCUGCCUUGUGCCUCUCUUUUUCGGCUGUUUGGAACUUAUUGGAUCUGCACCAACAAAUGACCAUUCCGUUGCUUCGUCAGGACUUUUAGGCAGCUUAUACCCGAUAACAGCUGCUUUUUUAUUGCUUAGCUCUUUGCAAUAUCUUCUAACGCCAACACUGACCGGAUGGAAUUCAGUGAUUGCCAUAAAGCUGGUAGCCGAUCCAUUACUAGGAAUUAUUAGUGCAGCUGGAUGCCUGUUUCAAGUAAUCUUCAAGAUUUUACGAUCAGGCAGGUCACCAAGUCUCAACAAACAAGGAUAUCAAGCAGCGGUUCCUCAGUUCCGUUUACAGUUUUCACCGCCAUUAGUACGAUAA